GGGUUGGUAAAGAUGUCGCCCCUCUCUGUCCUCCUGCAGUUCACAUCCAGGCCAAUCUGGAAGAUGACCUCGUGAAGGAGGCGCUCAAAACGGGCGUUGACCUUCGUCAGUACUCCAAACAGGUGGAGUCAGAGCUGCAGAGGAUCGAACAGGCCUCCAUCAAAGACUACAUCAAGGAGAGUCAGAACAUUGCUCUGCUGCACAACCAGAUCACCGCCUGCGACUCCAUCCUGGAGCGGAUGGAGGGCAUGCUGAGCGGCUUCCAGAGCGACCUGUCCUCCAUCAGCAGUGAGAUCCAGACUCUGCAGCAGCAGUCGGUCAGCAUGAACGUCCGUCUGAAGAACAGGCAGGCGGUGCGCAGCCACCUCAGCCAGCUGGUGGACGAGCUGGUGGUGCCCGGAGCCAUGAUCUCCACCAUCCUAGACAGUCCGGUGACGGAGCAGGAGUUCCUGGAGCAACUCCACGAACUCAACAACAAGAUCAACUUCGCCAAAGAGCUGAGCUUCAGAGAGACGCUGGCCUGCUCCGACAUCCAGGACAUCGUGGACCGCCUCAAACUCAAGGCGGUGUCAAAGAUCCGAGAGUUCAUUCUUCAGAAGAUUUACUCCUUCAGGAAGCCGAUGACCAACUACCAGAUCCCUCAGAACACUCUGCUCAAGUACAGAUUUUUCUAUCAGUUCCUUCUGGCCAAUGAGAGGACGGUUGCCAAGGAGAUCAGAGACGAGUACGUGGACACGAUGAGCAAGAUUUACUACAGUUACUUCAAGUCGUACAGCGGCCGGCUGCUCAAAGUUCAGUACGAGGAGGUCGCAGACAAAGACGACCUGAUGGGAGUCGAAGACACGGCCAAGAAAGGUUUCUUCUCCAAACCGUCCCUAAAGAGCAGGAACACCAUCUUCACUCUGGGCCAGCGUGGCGCCAUCCUGAGUCCUGCCGAGCUCGAGGGUCCGAUCCUGGUCCCACACACGGCUCAGAGAGGAGACAGCAGGUAUCCCUAUGAGACGCUGUUUCGCAGUCAGCACUACGCUCUGCUGGACAACGGCUGCAGAGAGUUCCUCUUCCUGUCCGACUUCUUCAUGGUCACCGGAAACUCUGCGCUCGACCUCUUCAACAGCAUCAUGGGAAAAACUCUCAGCAUGUUCCUGAAGAGCAUGUCCACGUACGUGUCCGACUGCUACGACAGCAUCGCCGUCUUCCUCUGCAUCCACAUCAUCCUCCGCUUCAGAGCCAUCACGGCCAAGAGGAACAUCCCCGCCCUCGACAAGUCAGUCACCUGUUAUUGAUCAGAUCCGAACGUG